AUGUCUUCACUCGUUGCCUUCUUCCAAAGUCUUUGGAACGAUCCGACCACGAGCGAUUUUCAACUAUGCUUGAAUGAUCAUUCAUUACGGGUCCAUAAACUGGUAUUGAAACAAUCUCCAAUUUUUGCAAAAUAUUUCCAAGAUCCAACCUCUCAGUCUUACAUGUUUCAAUGUGAUGAAUUGCAGGACAAGGAACGAGCCAUGGCAAGUGUUGAAUUUGCUUUCAAAUUAGUAUAUGGCUAUUCUUUUUCAAAAUUAAUGUAUGACAAUAGUGAACAAGUUGUUGAAAAAGCCAUUGAGUAUUUAGUUGAAUUCCAAUUUUUUGGUGUAUUAAAUGAUGUUGUGAAUGAUCUACAACAAGAUAUGAAUGCAAAAGUAGAAAAUGGAUUGGAAGAGUCUUUGUUUUCGAAACGAUGGAUGACCUUGUGGAGAACAUUAUUUAGAUUGAAAGCUCGCUGUAGCAGUCAUCAACAAGAACUUGAAAAUCUUCUCCAACGCAUCAUGACACAAUGGGCAUUUAUCUUAAAAGCGUUGCAAGAACCUCCUGACGCCAAUGACAUGUUGGAUGCAAUGGUGAUGGAGUUGUCGUUUGGAGAACUCGAAGCUUUCUUGAAGCAAAUUCCAUUUGAAACAUGGAAUACAGUGAGGGUGACUAAUUUACUCUUGUCUUGGAUGAAGUGUGACGUUCCAAAUCGAUCACCAAAGGUUGGUCAACUAUUAAAUUCGAUCAAGCAUCGAGUUCAAUGUUCCUCAACCCAUGCUCCACCGCUAGAACCCAUCAUAGGAUUCAAAUGCCAAAAGAAACCUAACAUUCCACCACCUCCAAAACAACAGCAUAACCCACCAAGGAACUUGAUUGAUUUGAUCAAACCUGUUACAAGAAAUCCACUCUUUUUUGAAUCAGAUUCUGAGAUUGAAGACGACGAUGACUGGGAAUAA